AUGGCAGAUAAUCCACCGAUCGAUAUUACUCGUUCAAGAGAGCAUGACCGAGAUGCAGCCGCUGAGGACCCUCUAUACAAACGGGACCAUGGACAGGUCCUGGGUGGUUCUACAUCAGUCGCAGAACGGGACCACAGAAAUUCCCACGAUGUACCUGAUGGGGGUUACGGAUGGGUCUGUGUUGCUUGUGUAUUCUGGAUCAAUGCGCACACUUGGGGCAUCAACAGUAGUUACGGGGUCUUCCUUUCUUAUUAUCUCUCCCACGAUGUCUUCCCCAACACCAGUGCAUUGUCGUACGCCUUCACUGGUGGUCUGAGCAUCUCCUGCGCGCUCCUCGUUGCACCGCUGGCCACACAUCUAAUCCAUCUCUUCGGAACUCGGUUCGUCCUCAACCUAGGCGUCUUCUUCGAAACCCUGUCCCUGAUCGGAUCCUCCUUUGCCACGCAGAAAUGGCAUAUCUUUCUCAGCCAGGGAGUCUGUUUCGGCUGGGGAAUGGGUUUCCUGUUCGUUGGCAGCGUGGGGAUCACUCCGCAGUGGUUCCAACGGCGAAGAAGUCUUGCAAUGGGCAUCAACGCCGCCGGCUCCGGACUGGGGGGUCUCAUCUGGUCUCUUGCAGUCGGCGCUAUGAUCCCCCGGAUUGGUCUAGGUUGGACAUUCCGGGUCCUCGGUAUCGUCGCCUGCGUAGUCAACCUGGUCAGCGCAAACCUCCUCCGAGACCGCAACAAAGCCGUCGGCAGCCGCUUCAAGGCCUUCCACCUGCCUCUGCUGAAACGGGCUGAAUUCCUCCUCUUCCUCGGUUGGGGAAUCCUAGCCAUGCUCGGCUACGUCGCGCUCCUCUUCAGCGUCGCCAAUUUCGCCCUCUCCGUCGGCCUCUCUCCGCACCAAGGCAGCAUCGUCAGCGCUUUGCUCAACCUCGGCCAAGGCUUCGGGCGGCCCUUCGUAGGCAUGUUCAGCGACAGGUUCGGCCGCAUCAACAUCGCCACGUUUCUCUCCUUCCUCUGCGGCCUCUUCUGCCUCGUCAUCUGGAUCUUCGCCCGCAGCAUGGGUCUCGUCUCUUUCUUCGCCGUCCUCGUGGGCACCGUUUCCGGUACCUACUGGGCUACCUGUACCCCUGUAGCUGCCGAGAUUCUCGGUCUCCGUGACCUCCCCAGCGGCCUUAGCAUCACCUGGCUGAUGCUCGUGCCUCCGACGACGGUCUCGGAGGCGAUCGCCCUAUUGCUGCGCGAUAACAAGUCCGCAGAUUCCAAGUAUCUGAAGGUGCAGAUCUUCACAGGCUUCAUGUAUAUCGGCAGUGCGCUGUGUCUUUGGCUUGUCCGGGGCUGGAAAGUAGGCGACCUGGCUCGUGCCAAGGAAGAAGCUGUCGCUGCGGUGGACACCCGACAAGCGGGUGACUGUGCAGCUGGGAGUGCGCCGUCUGCUGGUGUAGCCGAGGACGCUGAAACCGAGAAACAGGGUCAAACGGUCGACCCUGCGUUCUCCAUGCACACGGCGUCGAAUCGGAACCCCUGGACGCCUGCGACACUGUUACGCGGCAUGGUGGCUUUGAAGCGGGUAUGA